AUGAAUGGUGCGCCAGGGGGCUCUCGGCAAUCGCAGAAAGCACCGCCGGAAGGCGGUCCUAUCCGCCAAUCUGCUACUGUUCGUGCCCCUACACAACAACAACCUGCUGUUUCGGUGGCUUUUUUUCCGCAACAGAAUGAAGCUGGCCCUAGCUGUCAGCCCAGCACUGUUACGUCAUCGCAGGCAUUUCCUAGUAUCGUGCAACAAUCGGCCGCAUUGAGGGAAUCGUUUCCAGUGCUACAUUCACCCGCUGUCCAGCAUCCGAUGGGUUGGCCGCCACAAUUUGAAAUGCAGCUACUGCAGUCCGCCUCUUCACAAGUUGCUGCUGGGUUACGCUACUCUCAGCCAUCAACGAGCCAGCAACCGCCAUCUGGAACAGAUAUAACAGUGGGUGUAUCACCACUUUCCUCUCUACCUUCUCCUUCCAUUUCCAGUGCCUCAUUAUUAACGGGUAUUGGUUUAAGCCCAGGCUCCGGUCCUGUUUCUGGUCCUAGUUCUAGUUCUGGUCCUGAUCCUGGCUCAUCUGGGCAAUCACCACUUCAAAUGUUGGGUGCAAUGAAUCCAGCUCUUUUGGCACAAUAUCAGGUCAUUCUAGCUGCUGCUGCACAACAGCACCAAGCUGCUGUAGCGGCAGCUGCAACAUUAGCUGCUGUAUCUGGUGGACGUUCACCACAAAUUGGAUCGCGUGUAGGUCAACCUUCGACGCCUGCAUUAUCUUUUGAGCAGAAUUUACAGCGACAUUUAUUACAGUUACAACAACAGCAGCAACUUGCAGCUUCGGGUACUGCCAUCCAUUUACUGCCGUCAUCACCACUGCAUGGUACAACUUUAAUGACGCAAAUGCAUGCUGCAUUAGCUGCUGUUGGAGUAUUACCACAACCUCCGCAGGCCUUGCCGACUCAUACAACUGCUCAACCUACACAUCCACGUGUAACACCAGCUGCCGUAACUCAGUCAAUGCCAUCGUUAAGUGCCGAAAUAAGUUCACGUCCAUCACGGGUUGAAUUCAUACAGCCUCAACCACUUCUCUCGCGCGCUGCUGUUGCAACUGCGCGACAAGCUUUAUUACUUGCUUCUACUUCUCAUGCUGCUGUUGCUGCUGCAACUGUCACCACUAUUCCCACACCUUCAGCAUCUUCAUUGCAACUCUCUACAUCACAACCAUACUCCCAAGCUCUUGGUCGUAUUGUAAUGAUGCCGCCGCCUCCACUGCCUCGUGUUCGUCAUGUCUUAACUCAGGAACGUCGCAGAUAUGCUCCUUAUCAACGUCCCACGCCCGCUAUUCCGCUGGCCAGUGCUCCGUCAGUUGCUGCUUCUACCGGUGUUCCGGAACCAUCGUCUUUCCAAGUGGGAACAUUGCCGUCACAACCUUAUUAUCCUUCUCACUUUAUGCGUGGUACAGUAAUACGGCUACAGUCGGGCCAGUUGAAAAGAGUUGAAGAAAUGAGCACAGAAGACUUUGUUCUAUCUGCAGCAAUGAAAACGGAUCUCGUACUUUGCAAUAGUAGGGUCAUCCGAAUUCAAGAAACUGAAAAAGAUCGUCAGGUCCUCGUUACUUUUGCUGUUGGAGAGCAAAGAAUUUUGGUAACAAUAGAGGCAGAAAUCGAGCAUCCCUACUUUGUGGUUAACCAAGGUUGGGCAUCAUGCAGCCCGGAAAGGACGCGUGUUACAUACGGAUUAAUUUGCAGACAGUUAAAUGUGGGUGAUGUAUGUAUAACAUUACGUCAUGUGGAAGGUGGUGAAACAAGCGGAACAAGUGUCAGGAGUACCAUUCGUCCUCAUAGUAGCAGUAGAGGAGGAUCAGUACCAGGUACAUCUGGCAUACAGCAAUUUUCGCGACCUGCAUCGUUAGUACAAGCAACUCGUCAACGUUUACCACCUGUUAUUCGUGCUGAAAGAAGGCCUGGUGUUCGAUCCGCACCGUCGCAUGAAAUUCCGACCGAGGAGCUGGCAUUGCUUGACAUACGUCGACGUCUAAAGCGACGUAGACAUAAAUCAGCGUUGUGA